AUGGAGCAACUGACUAGGAGCUGGAACAAUCUAUCAUUAUCGGAAAAAGAAUGGAAUGGCUUCAUCCUUCCAGAAGACCAUAGGAGGGGUGAAUUUUUGGUUGCUGCAAAAUUCUUUACUUCACGCUUCCUCCAAACGGAAGAGGUAGCUCGAACCUUCAGGCAAUUGUGGAGGACUACUAAUGGAUUCAGAAUCAGGAACCAAGGCAACAAUAUAGUGCUGUUCAUGUUUGAUAAUCUCUCGGAUGUGGAUAAGAUCCUAAAAAGCCAACCAUGGAAUUUUGAUAAGCAUUUGAUAGUUAUGCAAAGGUAUACAGGAGAUACCCCAGUACAAGAGCUAGAGUUUAAGAAGAUUCCAUUUUGGGUGCAAGUCCAUGACAUUCCUACUAGUUCUCAGAUUAGGAAAGUGGCAAAAAGUUUGUGUGAUACUAUGGGAGAUAUUCAAAAAUCCAAUGGAGUGGUGGAUGAGGAUGGAGGUAGUUUCUUUCGGGUAAGGGUAAUAAUUGAUAUUACCCUUCCUUUGUGCAGGGGCAAGCUCAUUACUCUACCUAGUGGUGAGAAACGAUGGGUCAAGUUCAAAUAUGAGCGACUACCUAGCUUGUGUUAUUGGUGUGGGUGUCUGACUCACGACGAUAGGGAUUGCGACCUAUGGAUCCAAAGUACUGGUACACUAGCUUUGGAUAAGCAACAAUUCACUCCUUCAUUGAGAGCACCACCUUACACUUUGGUAGGGAAGAAUGUUAUUUACGUCCCAGGGUACUAA